AUGGCAACAACCAGACACGACCCAACCAGGAAUAUUUGCGCCCCACGCGGUACCACUCUCAGCUGUAAAAGCUGGCUGACUGAAGCCGCUUAUCGGAUGCUGCAAAACAACCUUGAUGCAGAGGUAGCGGAAAAUCCUGCGGAGCUGAUCGUUUAUGGCGGUAUCGGGCGUGCCGCCAGAGACUGGCAAAGCUUCGACAAACUGCUUGAUUGUCUGCAGGCGCUUGAAGAUGAUCAAACGCUGUUGGUGCAGUCGGGAAAGCCGGUUGGCGUGUUCAACACACACGCGGACGCACCCAGAGUGCUGAUUGCCAAUUCCAAUCUGGUGCCGGCGUGGGCCAACUGGGAACAUUUCAACGAGCUGGAUCGUAAGGGACUGAUGAUGUACGGCCAGAUGACCGCCGGCUCGUGGAUUUAUAUCGGCAGCCAGGGCAUCGUCCAGGGCACCUAUGAAACCUUUGUGGAAGCGGGGCGCCAGCAUUUUGAUGGCAAUACCAAAGGCAAGUGGAUUUUGACCUGCGGGCUCGGUGGCAUGGGUGCGGCACAACCGCUGGCGGCCACCAUGGCGGGUUACAGCAUGCUUUGUAUCGAGUGCGAUGAGAGUCGCAUCGAUUUCAGACUGCGCACCCGCUAUGUUGACAAAAAAUCUACCGAUCUCGAUGAAGCACUGGCGAUGAUCGCCGACUCUUGUGCGUCUGGCACACCACUUUCGGUCGGCCUGCUUGGCAACGGUGCCGAGAUACUACCGGAGCUCGUGAAACGCGGCAUCCGUCCGGAUCUGGUAACCGACCAGACCUCGGCGCAUGACCCGGUGAACGGUUACCUGCCUGCAGGCUGGUCACUGGAACAGUGGCAUCAGGAGCAGAAAGCGAACCCUGGUCGCGUUGCGGAAGUAGCUCGUCACAGCAUGGCAGACCAUGUCAGUGCAAUGCUACAGUUUCAUAAGCAAGGCAUCGCUGUGGUCGACUAUGGCAAUAACCUUCGUCAGGAAGCGCUCAAUGACGGCGUUGAAAACGCCUUCGACUUUCCGGGUUUUGUUCCUGCCUAUGUCCGGCCACUGUUCUGCCGUGGGGUCGGCCCGUUUCGCUGGGUCGCGUUGUCCGGCGAUCCGCAAGAUAUUUACAAAACCGAUGCCAUGGUCAAACAAAUGAUUCCGGAUGACCCGCAUUUGCAGAAUUGGCUGGACAUGGCGCAGCAAAAAAUUGCGUUUCAAGGAUUACCUGCGCGAAUUUGCUGGGUAGGUCUCGGACAACGACACCGUCUCGGCCUUGCAUUCAACCAAAUGGUGCGCGAUGGCGAGCUGAAAGCACCGAUAGUGAUCGGGCGUGACCACCUUGAUUCCGGCUCUGUCGCCAGCCCCAACCGCGAAACAGAAUCGAUGAUGGAUGGCUCCGACGCAAUCUCGGACUGGCCACUGCUGAACGCCAUGCUCAACACGGCAAGUGGCGCAACCUGGGUAUCGUUGCAUCACGGCGGCGGUGUCGGCAUGGGGUAUUCUCAACAUUCCGGUAUCGUGAUCGUAUGUGACGGCAGCGAAGCAGCUGAUAAACGUAUCGAGCGAGUGCUGUGGAACGACCCGGCUACCGGGGUGAUGCGCCACGCAGAUGCCGGCUAUCGUGAUGCCAAAGACUGCGCGAUAGCAAACAAGCUCGAUCUAGCUGCUAUUGAUUUAUAA